AUGCUACAACACAAGUUCAUCCAAUCUUCCAAGAAUUUGAUCAGCAACAAUCGUUCCCCAUCACUGUUGCUCUUCGGAAAGAAUAUUGCUUUCAAGAAGGAUCAAUACAAUUUGAUUGAUCAAAGCAGAGGAUUUCAAUCAUGUUUGUAUCGUUCUAAUGGUGUUUCUCCACUUCCAACAGCUGUUGCACCAACAACCUCUUCACCAACAACAACAAAUCCUCCGGCUAUUGCUAAUGCUAUUAGUACUGCAACACCAACAGCACCAGUUACUGUUGUGCAGACAUCAGUGGUCGAUGGAGUUGUUUCAUCUACAACUACAUCAUCAUCAGUGAUCUCUUCAAGUAAUUCACAACCUAAUGCUGCCACUAUUGUAAUUAUUCAACAACAACCAGCAACAUCAACAACAAAUGGAACAAGUGAUGGUGUUACAUCUGUAUCAUCCGAUCAAUCACAAGGAGUUCUUCCUUCCACCAGUACCAGUCAACAGCAAACAAUUAUUCAAAUUGAUACUCAAGUAUUUUCAAAGCAAAUUGAACAAGCUGUCAAACAACAAAUGAAACAAAGUCUUUCUAAACAUGCUUAUGAACCUACUGGAGAGGAAAGUUUUGAAAUUAUGGAACAUUUGGAAAGAGAAAGAUUGUAUGAAGAAAGUAAAGGAAAAGGAUUGAUUUAUCAAUUUAGAAGAUUUAUGAAAAAGAAGACGUCCUUAUUGACAAAUUUAUUGGCAAUUGGUAAAAUUUUACCAGCAAAUGCCAUCAUGUCUCUCUUCUUUUCAUUCCACAAAAUGGAACAAAAUUAUAAGGAAAGAAUUUUUGCUCAAAGAAUUACAGCAAGUUUGAAUUUCAUUGACAAGAAGUCAAACACCUUCAAAAUUAGAAAUAUCUUCUGUAAAAACUUGGAUGAAGUUGUGUUAAAUAAUCAAGCAGUAGUUCAGGUCAUCCAAGAAGCAGCUUCCAAAACCAAUAAGGAAGCACCAAUUGUAAUUUUACCCGAUGAAGAUAAGUGGUUUAUUUUGAACCUUGUACAAUCAUGUAUUUCACAAAAUGUUGCUUCUGGAUAUUUCAGACAAGAUAUGAUGCUCAAACAUCACAGUGAAUGGUAUGUUUUUGCCAUCACCAAUGAGACAGAUGUGAGCAUUAAAAAGAUGAGAGUUGUCAUUGCGCAAGAGAAACUCUUAAAAUCAAUUCAUGAUGGAACUGUAAAUCAACCAGAAUUUGGUAUGUACUCAAUUCAUAAUAAUGGAAUCAUAUUUAAACUUCUCAAUAUAGAACAUGUUUAUGGUGAAAUUAGAUGGAAUACUGUGAAAUUAAUGUCAAAAAUGUAUCAUGAACAGUAUGACUCGAUUAUGGAAACCAGCAAGACGAAACCUAAAAACUCUAUCGAAAAGCAAAUCUUUACUUUCGAAUUGAAUAAUAACAAUACCAGUAUUUCGAAUAGUAUCGAACAUGUUGAUUGUACAACAAUGGUCGAUAGACUCUCCAUGCCAUCAUCUCCUUCCAACUCUAGCUCUUCAUCAUCCUCACCUAACUUUAAAAGCUAUUCGAAACUUAACAAGCCAAAAUUAACACAUUGUCUUUCUAACUCACCACUCUUACAAUCUCCACAAUCACCAACUGUGAAAUCUCCUGCUUCUACAAAUAGCCCUUCGAAUAACAGCAAUUCUUCCAGUGAUUGGAAGUGGAAAUCAGAAGAUGGUAUUCGAAAGAAGAAGAAAUCAAGAAAAGAUUCAUGGGUGCAAAUGGCAUCUCGAGUGAUUGUUCACCAAGAAGAAAACAAAUCAACAACAUGUUGUUUAAAUAAUGUACAUAAGAAAAUGGAAACCUCACCCCUCUCUAAUUAUAUAACAAAUGACAUGUCAAUUGAACCACCAACUAUUGUGAUAACAAAACCAAAUAGAAUUGUAAGAACAUCAAUAAAAAUAUCAGAACUGUUGAAUUAA